CUGAAACGCGAUUAGUAAUUGCUUCAAUUAAAUUUGUCAUUUUUAUAAAAGUUUCAGUUAAUAUUUAAGUUAUUUUGAUCAUGUCGUCCAAAACCAGGCAAGCGUCAUCUGCCGAUAAUCAACGAAAGACAACUAAGACAAGUGGGAAAAAUACUGGGUAUACAAAUAGUGGUGUGACUCAGCAUAGAAAAGGUGAUGGUGUGGUGACUGCAGUACAACCUCCAAUCAUAAAAACAAUAAAAGCACCUGAUCCAUUGAAAAAGACUGACAAACAAAAACCAGUGACUAACGGAAAUUCAUCUGGUGCUAGAAGCAAAACUACACUCAUGGCUCAAAAACCUCUCACCGAUCAUGAAAAACGGAAACAGAUUUCAGUUCGGGGCAUUUCUUCACUUGAAAGUGUGGCUGAUAUAAACAAGGCUUUCAAUCGCCAUCUUCAUUUUACUCUUGUGAAAGAUCGAAAUGUUGCAACCGAUAGAGAUUAUUAUUUCGCCCUUGCAGAAACUGUUAGAGAUCAGUUGGUAGGAAGAUGGAUAAGAACUCAACAGUGGUAUUAUGAAAAAGAUCCUAAGAGAGUAUACUAUCUAUCACUUGAAUUUUACAUGGGAAGAACUUUGCAAAAUACUAUGCUGAAUCUCGGCAUACAAACUUCUUGUGAUGAAGCUAUGUAUCAGCUUGGACUUGACAUUGAGGAACUCCAAGAAUUGGAAGAAGAUGCUGGUCUUGGCAAUGGUGGGCUGGGAAGACUUGCUGCAUGUUUUCUGGAUUCUAUGGCAACUCUGGGUAUGGCUGCGUAUGGAUAUGGAAUACGUUACGAAUAUGGGAUUUUCAAUCAAAAGAUUCGACAAGGUUUUCAGCUUGAGGAAGCAGAUGACUGGCUUCGUUAUGGAAAUCCAUGGGAGAAAGCAAGACCAGAAUACAUGAUUCCAGUUCAUUUGUAUGGAAGAGUAGAAAAUCCCAAUGGAUGGGAAAAAGAAAGCGAAUGGAAAGACACUCAGGUCAUUUUUGCUAUGCCAUAUGACACAGCAACACCAGGGUAUGGAAACAAUACUGUGAACACGCUUAGAUUAUGGUCAGCCAAAUCACCAAACUCUUUCAAUUUAGAUGUCUUCAAUACAGGGGAUUAUAUUCAAGCAGUAUGUGAUAGAAACUUGGCUGAGAAUAUAUCAAGAGUUCUGUAUCCUAAUGAUAACUUUUUCGAGGGGAAGGAACUUCGAUUGAAGCAGGAAUAUUUUGUCGUAUCUGCUACUCUUCAUGACAUAAUACGUCGCUUCAAAUCUUCUACUUUCGGAUGUCGUGAUCCAGUUCGAACAUCAUUCAAAAGCUUUCCAGAAAAGGUUGCGAUUCAACUAAACGACACUCAUCCUUCACUUGCCAUACCUGAAUUGAUGAGAAUUCUACUCGACAUUGAGAAACUUGACUGGGACACAGCAUGGGAUAUUGUCUAUAACACUUGUGCUUACACAAAUCACACCAUUCUUCCUGAAGCAUUAGAAAGGUGGCCUGUGUCUAUGCUGGAACGAAUGUUACCAAGACACUUGCAAAUUAUCUAUCUUAUCAAUGGAAAACACCUUGAGACUGUGGGAAAACUUUAUCCUGAUAACCCUGAAAUGGUUGGACGUAUGUCACUCAUUGAAGAACAUGGUGAAAAACGAGUUAAUAUGGCCCAUUUAUGUAUCGUUGGAUCUCACGUUGUCAAUGGGGUUGCUGCAAUUCAUUCACAGAUUAUCAAAGAUCAUACUUUCCAUGACUUCUACGAAUUGUCUCAAAAGCUUGGACAAACCGAUAAGUUUCAGAACAAAACUAACGGUGUGACUCCACGUCGAUGGCUGUUGUUGUGCAACCCUGGAUUGGCUGAUCUCAUUGCCGAUAAACUUGGUGAAGAAUGGCCGAAAAAUCUUGAUCAAUUGCAAGAUUUAUGGAAACUCCACAAAGACAAGAAUUUCAUUCGUGAAGUUGCAAAAGUGAAGCAGGAGAACAAGUUGAAAUUGGCAGCUUUCAUUGAAAAAGAAUGGGGAGUCAAAGUGAAUCCAGCAUCCAUGUUUGAUAUCCAGGUGAAACGAAUCCAUGAAUACAAGCGUCAACUUAUGAAUGCCCUGCAUAUCAUUGUUAUGUACAACAGGAUUAAAGAAAACCCCAAUGCUGACUUUGUACCACGUACUAUAAUGAUUGGCGGAAAGGCUGCUCCAGGAUAUCAUUCUGCGAAAAUGAUCAUCAAGUUGAUAACAAGUAUUGGCAACAGAGUGAAUAACGAUCCUAUCAUUGGUGAUAGACUCAAAGUUGUUUUCUUGGAAAACUACAGAGUUUCACUUGCUGAGAAAGUUAUCCCAGCUGCAGACUUGUCAGAGCAGAUUUCAACUGCUGGAACAGAAGCUUCAGGAACAGGCAACAUGAAAUUCAUGAUGAAUGGUGCUCUUACUAUUGGAACAUUGGAUGGUGCUAAUGUUGAAAUGGCAGAGGAAUUGACGAAAAUGGCAGAAAAAGACAAAUCCAAACUUGAAAACAUCUUUAUUUUUGGAAUGGAAGUUCACGAAGUCAGUGAUUUGGACAAACAAGGAUAUAAUCCUCGAUCAUUCUAUGAAAAAUCUCCAGAGUUGAAGAAAGCAAUAGAUCAAGUUGCCAGUGGAUAUUUCUGUCAAAACGAACCAGAUAUAUUCAAAGGUCUCACUGAACAUCUGUUGCAUCAUGACAGAUUCAAGCUCAUGGCUGAUUUUGACGCUUUUGUGAAGUGCCAGGAAAGAGUCAGCGAAGUAUUUAAGAAUCCAGAUGACUGGACAAGCAGAUGCAUCUGUAACAUUGCAGCUUCUGGAAAGUUCUCAAGUGAUCGAACAAUUGCACAGUACGCUAGAGAGAUCUGGGGCAUCGAACCUCAACCUGACCUUAAAAUACCUGCUCCUCAUGAAGCUUUGAAAAAAGAGAGAGAACCGAAGCAGAAUCUCCCUUCAUUCUGAGCAGGACUAUGGGGAAUCACAUUUUUAGAUGUUAUUUGUAUUCAGUGAUGCUUUCUGUAACCUAGUAGUUUUUAUUAUACAUUAGUAGGAUUUGUUUAUGUAUUUUAUUUUAUUGGUCACUCUACUAGCUGGUGUUGAAAUAAAGAGUUUAUUACUGCACUCACA